AUGUCUAUGAACUUCGAUGAUUGCGGCGUCGUCCGCGAUGGAUUCCCACGUCCCUUCCCAAAUACACCUUCAAAUGUAUUGGAGCAGCUCCGUAUGGAUGGAAAGGUGGUCGUUGUUACCGGUGCAGCUGAUGGAAUUGGCGCGGCUGUGGCAGAGGGUAUUGCUGAAGCUGGCGGGAAUGUGGUAUUUUGGUACAACUCGAAUGAUGCUGCGAUUCAGAGAUCUGAGGACUUGGCUGCGUCACACAAUGUGAAGACAUCCGCUUAUAAAGUUGACGUCUCUGUUUCAACACAGGUUCAGGAAACAAUUGCAAAAGUUGUGCAGGAAUUCGGCACGAUUGAUGUUUUCAUUGCAAAUGCCGGCAUGGCUAUCUCAAAGCCGAUUCUCGACCAGACUCUCGAUGAGUACCGGAAGCAAAUGUCUGUGAAUGUCGACGGCAUUGUUUACUGCUCAAAAUACAUCGGUGAAGUAUUCCAGAAACAAGGCUUCGGCAACCUGAUCAUCACAUCCAGUAUGAGUGCACACAUCGUCAACGUACCCACUGAUCAACCCGUCUACAACGCGACAAAGGCAUAUGUGACCCAUUUUGGAAAAUCUCUGGCUCGGGAAUGGCGCGAGUUCGCUCGUGUAAAUAUUGUCUCGCCAGGCUUCUUCGAAACCAAGAUGGGUGCUAGUCCAUUUGCUAUCAAUGAAGCGUACAGAAUGGCGGCUCUAGGUCGACAGGGCCAUACUAAGGAGAUUAAGGGUCUAUAUCUGUACCUUGCAAGUGAUGCGUCUACUUAUAUGACUGGUAGCGAUUUGCUUAUUGAUGGCGGUUAUGUCCUGCCAUAG